AUGCGGGAAAUCGAUCUGACAAACGCUAAUUCGUCUAUUGUUGAAUAUUUUUGCACUAUAUUACUCCCGUCAAUUAGAUUAAAUAUUCAGAGUUUAAUAUUAAAUGAUAUUGAAACACUUGAAAAAAUACUUUCGUUGCACUCAGAAUCCAUUACUCAAUUAUUUCCUCAUUUGAAACAUUUCGAAAUUGUUAAACAGUUUGACAUUGGUCGAUUGUUCAUGUAUUCUAUUCAGUCGUUUCGAUCAUUAUUCAGCUUGAAGCUUGAAAUAGCUAAUUUGAAGUCCGAUGAAAUAUUUGAAGUGAUAUUGUUUUGUGAUCAAUCAAUAAUCACAAUUUUGAACAUAAAAUGCAAAGAAUCAAUUCCGGAUUUACAAAAUCAACCAUAUAGUUUGUCAUUGGCACGUCGAAAAUUAACAGUAAUACUGAAAAAUUAUGAUGAUUUUCUUUCAUUACUAAACCGCUGGCCAGUCAUUGAAUAUGUGGAUGUUACAGUUGACAAAAUGGACGCCACAGAAGAUUUGAAUAUAUCGAAUAGAUUUCAUUAUUUGACUGAAUUCUAUUUUGUUCUUAGAGGAAUAGCCAAAAGCUAUAAUCGAAUUAAUUCUCUGUUGAGUUUAUUUCGUAAAUUAGAACGAUUAUCAGUAAAUAUGAUGUGUUUCGACCGUCAACAGUUCAUUGAUGGUUAUUAUCUUACACGUAAGUCAAUUGAAUAUACUACACAACUACUUGAUGCCGUUACCGCCGUCAUAAACCUAUAA